AUGGCGGUCGUGAACCUACCUCGAGAUAUCCAAAUGGACAUACUCUCAAGACUUCCGGUUGAAUCACUUUUGCGAUUCAAGUGCGUUUCAAAACGAUAUCGAUAUUUAAUUUCUGAUCCUUAUUUCAUCAAAUUGCAUCUCAAUCGAUCGAUUCACUCCAAGAAUUGGCACAAACUCUCUUUCUAUCGUUUCGGUCCUCAAUCAAUAGACUAUGAAUCAUUAUUUGGCAACAACAACGUUAAUGAUGUUAGUAAUGCAGUAGUGAAGUUGUACCCUCCCUUUUUGAGUCGAAGUUGUGAUAACCUCUUCUGUGUAAUAGGUUCUUGCAACGGCUUGAUUUGUUAUAUUGUCGAACAUGGCCAAAUUAUCUUAUAUAACCCUUCCACUAGAGUCUACAAGAAAUUGCCACAGCCACCACACUGGAUUGUAGGUUAUUUUGGGUUUGCUUAUGACUCCUCAAACCAUGAUUACAAGGUAAUUAUGGCAACAUGUCACAUUAAUGAUGAUAUAUUCAAAAGUUGUAUCUUUAGUCUUAGAGACAAUUCUUGGAGAACAAUGCCAGACGUGGGUUGUAAUUAUGUUGACAUACUCUCAUUGUCUAGUGUUGACAUAUUCUCGUUGUCUGGUUGUUGCUUGAAUGGAGCUUUACAUUGGCUUUUGAAACCCGGGGUGAUUGUUUGUUUUGAUUUAUCAAAGGAGGUGUUUAGUGAGAUGUCCCUAGAUGGUAUUCAGGGUGGACAAGAAAUAGAUUUGUGGUUUUGCAGAUUGGGUGUUUUAGAAGGAUGUUUGUAUGCCGUGUCUGUUUCGAAUGGCGUUAAUGGACGUUUGGUUGAGGUGUGGUUGAUGAAGGAAUAUGGCGUGAAAGCAUCUUGGAGUAAGUUUAUCUCCAUCCCAUGUGACGUGGACACUCUUUGCUUCACACCAUUGUGUUUCUUGAGCAAUGGUGAACUGCUACUGAAGAUUGAUCGAUCAAACUCAGGAUUGUACAUUGAUCAAGAAAAGUUAGGAUCGUACAAUACUAAACUAAAUACAUUUACAAAAAUUUGUGAUUGUCCCAAUGUUUAUGAAGAUGUUCAUGAAGAGUAUUUGUACGUGGAGAGUCUGGUUUCACCCAACAGCUUUGAUGGUCCCCGUUCACGUUCACUUUCAUGCGGGAUGAAAGCAGUGAUAAGUUGCUGGUCUUCCUUAUUUCCUUCAAGAUUUACAGAAGAUUGA